ACAAGCCUUGCCUUCCCUUCAUGCGCCCAAAGAGGAAACACCCACCACCCCUCCAAAAUGUCCCUACAACCACAGGAAUACAUCAAGCUAGCACAAAAGCUCCCACCGCGCCUCCUCCAAUUCUUUGCGCGCUACCCAACAAGGCAACUCGCGCCACACCUCUCCCCAUCAACACCCUCCCCAGCAUCCUCAGAAUCCCCAGAACCACAACGAGAGAUCAACAUCUCCGGCAUGCCCUACGAGAACCCCUUUCAACGCGCCAUAGACCCCCACUCAGGCAAACAUCAAGACCCCAAGUUUUCGCUGAGGCGACAGGCGGAUAUCGCGAAGCUGGCAAGGAAACACGGCGUCGAGGAGCUGUUACCGUUUACGGUGAAGAAUAGCCAGGAGAAGCUGAGGAGAAGGCUGGAGAAUGGGCUGCGGGUUAAGGGGACGGGUAUUGGGCAGAGGGUUAAGGGAAAGGAGUCGGAGAGGAGUAUGAAGGGACGGUAUGUUUGGAAUUUUAUGCUAUGUUUUUUUAUAUCUAGAGGAUAUAAGCUUUUGGACGGAGAUGGAGUACAAUGGGGUUGAGUGAGGACGUUGGAAUUUUGCUAAUUUCAUUCUCUCGCAGAUUAGAAAAGAGGAAACAAGCAAUGUUGGACAUGCCACAAAUGAUACAGACAUGGAAACAGGUACGUCCAUCACGCAAUUCAACUCUCCCAUCCCUUCUUUUCCUUUCAAAAAUACUGACCAGUACCUUUACAGCGUGGGCAUGGUCGUGGAUGGAAACAAUGGCCAAAAUAGAAGAUCAAAUAUCGAGGUUCUGGGAAGAAUUCAAUCUCAAUACCAGGAUCGUGUGUACAAACAUCAUAAUCGUACUCAAUGUAAAAUAUUGCAUGUCUUCGAGCGUUGGGAUAAUUAUGGUGCAAGUGCAAGUGUACAUCAUCUCUGCUGCUGCUGAAAACCAACAAAGUACGGAGGUCUGUGAUCAUAUACAGCUUUCCAUAAUUAC